AUGGAAGUGCGGACGAAUGCCAAUGUCGAUGCGGCCGCUAUCUCUUCGUUUAUCUUGACAGCGUCGAUCCUGCAUGUGCUUGUCAGAAGGGGCCGUCUUCACCUUAGUCUGUACAGUGGAUUCAGCACGCCAACCCAGCAUCCAGCGCAUAUUGGUGUUUUGCUCGAGAAAGUUAAGUUAGAGCACCAGUCAAGCCCCGGGAAAGAAAGUGCUGUGGAGGAGGAUGGUGAUAGUUCCAUUGACGGCUUGGAUUCUUCCGAGAUCCUCUCAUUGUCUCCAAAGAAGCGUAGAUACUCAGAAACAACCGAGUGCAUAGGAGCACGUCGAAAAGCCCCAAUCGAAUGCCGGGGUUCUGUACCCGCCUCCAAGUCGGCUCAGUCGUCACCCACAAGCACCUCCAGCUGCUCCUCAAUGACGCUUUCUCUCCCCGAACUGCUGCUACAGCAUGAACUUGAGAAUGAUCAAGGCAAUUCAUGCCCUCAAUCACCGGCUGGUGAACGCACCACGACUCCAGUCACGACUGAAGACUCGCAACCACCCCUGAAUCCGCAUCUCAACACCACAGCUGCAGUGAGAGUCCAAUACUUCACCCGCCGCUGGGAUGAUAAUGGGGGUUACACUGUAUCUGAAUUCGAAGUGGAUGAGCAAGUUCCCGAUAUUUCAACUCUGAGAAAAGACGACACUGUCUUCGCCAUUAUCCUUGAAAUCAAUCGCAAUGACCUCUCUCACCACAAAAAUGAACGAUUAGAAAUUUGGAACAAUCGUUUGAGAAUUUAUCUCCAGAAAAUUUUCAACAACAAACUUGACGCUGACCUAGCAGUAGCAAAUCCCUCUCUGUGCCCCCAAGCGUUGUUUCGCUAUUUGGGCGUUCUCGAAAACCAAUUCGACUCAUUUCUCGAACAAGAAGCUCAGGGCGAAUAUCCAGGUCCGCAUUGGGUUGAAAAAGAAGGUUUGAGGCUCCUUAUCGUUUACCUCAAAACCAAGUUCGCCUCCACUAUCAGUGACCUUGAGCUACUGCAAGGCCGCGGGCUAAUAACCUUUGAGCAUUUAUGGGUACUAUGGAAGCCCGAUAUAUUACUUUUCUCACCGACUACCCAGGGAGUGGAUGUCCCAAUGGUAACAAUGCUAAGACGAUCAGCCCUACUCAAUGACGAAACAAGAUCGUGCAUUAUACACAGCGAUUACCUCGUUCUAGACGGUAAUACCACGCAUUUGAAGGGCACGUAUCAUACCAUCAGUCAUUUCAAAGGGGCCGUCAAAAUUACCAGCCUUCCUAUCUAUCCACUCCACUUGCACAAGAAUCAGGCCCUUAUUCGCACUCAGUUAAUGGAACGCGGCGCGAAAUACAUGGCUCUGCAGGGGGGGAGCAUGCAACAAAAGGUAUUCACCGGCAGGGCGAUAAAGGAGCUCACACAGAAUGGGAAGACUUCCAUUGUCGAUAUGCGGCAGGAGAGGAUAGUCAUAGAUGCUGUGGCCUACAAAAGGGGGACUUUGCUCUGCGGAAAACCACCACCAGCGAAAGCGCCGACUUUUGUCGAGGAUGACGAGAUGCACUUUCGGAUGCUUGAAUGGCAUUCGUUCCCUGUCUCUGGCAUUGAAGAUGUCAACUGGGAUGGCGACGCCUGGGAUUCUCUGGUUCUUGAGCAGGAGACAAAGGAUUUGAUUCUGACAAAAGCGGCAUCAGUUGACUUCGGUACGGGAAAGACUUUUGCGGUGGAAGCACUCGCCGAACAUCUCCAGCGUCCUUUGAUGAAACUAUCUCCCGCUAGCCUCGAGAUUCACCCACAAAUAAUCGACAUAGCACUGCACGAAGAGAAGAUGCUAGACAUUUGCCAGCGCUGGGGUGCCAUUGUGCUUAUUGACGAUGCCAGCGAGCUUUUGGAGUUAUUGGACGGCAAGCGUUCUGUAGCCUUUUAUAUUGUUCUUCGCCACCUCAAAUAUCCCAAGACUGUCAUCUUCCUCACAAGCCACAACGUCGGAAUAGAUGUGUGUAACGAUAUGUAUAAAAUGAGAAUAAGCCUCCCCAUAUUAGUGAGCAAUCCAAGCCGUAAAGGCAGAAUGGAAUUGUUUCAAAGAUGCCUCAAUCGAGCGAAAGCGCUUGGCCGAUGGGAGAUUGGGCAACUCACGGAAGAGGAGGCGCAUGAGCUGGCACGCCGCAACCUCAAUGGCCGAGAGAUUCAGAUUGUAGUCAAAAUGGCUUUGGAUUGGGCGUCUACGAAGAAAGAGGAGGUUGGUGUGAAACUAUUGGAGAAAAUGGCGUGUACAUUUGACCGAUACAAUCGGGAUUUCAAGGGGAUACACUGGCAGAGUGGUGAAACAUUCUACUCGUAG